UUUAUAAACCAACCCCUUCUUCCUCCGCCUCCUAACUGCCUUCAAACACAAACACGAAUCACCAGCGUAAGGCCUCGAAUCGAACCAGAAGCAUGGCCGCCUCACGCGCGCUCCUCCCCAACCUGCACGCUAGCGCGAGCCCCAGGGCGCGGGGCCGCCUUGCCGCCGCUGCUGCGCCGUCCUCGCUCCCGUUCGCGGCGCGCGGGGCCCACCCGCACGCGCGGCUACGCAUCCGGUGCGCGAUCCUGUCUUCGUCGCCCGCGCCCUUGGCGUCCUCGGAGUCGCAGCCGUGGCGGCGGAUCUCGCGGGCCGGGUCGGACGGGGCGCUGCGGCCCAAGCCGGCGGUGCUGGUGGCCGAGAAGCUGAGCGAGGCCGGGCUGGCGGUGCUGCGGGAGUUCGUUGACGUGGAGUGCGCGUACGGCAUGUCCCCCGCGGAGCUCCUCGCCAGGGUGGCGCAGUUCGACGCGCUCAUCGUGAGGAGCGGCACCAAGGUGACGAGGGAGGUGCUGGAGGCGGGCCGGGGCCGGCUGCGGGUGGUGGGCCGCGCGGGCGUCGGGAUCGACAACGUCGACCUGCAGGCGGCAACGGAGGCGGGGUGCCUCGUCGUCAACGCGCCCACCGCCAACACCGUCGCCGCCGCGGAGCACGGCAUCGCGCUGCUCGCCUCCAUGGCGCGUAACGUCUCGCAGGCGGACGCGGCGCUCAAGGCCGGCAAAUGGCAAAGAACCAAGUACGUCGGAGUUUCCCUGGUCGGAAAGACACUUGCUAUCAUGGGCUUCGGUAAGGUUGGUUCAGAGGUUGCGAGGCGAGCGAAAGGGCUCGGCAUGCAUGUGAUCGCUCAUGAUCCCUAUGCCCCUGCCGAUCGGGCCCGUGCCAUUGGAGCUGAACUGGUAUCUUUCGACGAGGCCAUAACCAGAGCCGACUUCAUCUCCCUCCACAUGCCACUGAUACCGACGACAUCCAAGAUCUUCAACGAUGAGUCCUUUGAGAAGAUGAAGACUGGUGUUCGGAUAAUCAAUGUGGCCAGGGGUGGAGUGAUCGAUGAAGAUGCACUAGUGAGGGCCCUUGACUCCGGCAAAGUUGCUCAGGCUGCUCUUGAUGUCUUCACCGUGGAGCCCCCACCGAAGGACAGCAAGCUUGUGUUACAUGAGAACGUCACCGUAACACCCCACCUUGGAGCAAGCACUGUGGAGGCCCAGGAAGGCGUCGCUAUCGAGAUAGCAGAAGCCGUGGUUGGUGCACUGAGAGGCGAGCUCGCAGCGACAGCCGUGAACGCUCCCAUGGUCCCAGCUGAGGUCAUGUCAGAGCUCGCUCCAUAUGUUUCCCUUGCAGAGAAGCUCGGUAGGCUGGCUGUGCAGCUCGUCACCGGCGAGAGCGGCAUCAAGGGAGUCAAGGUGGUGUACACCACAGCCCGGGGCCCCGACGACCUCGACACGAGGCUCCUCCGCGCGAUGGUCACCAAGGGCAUCGUGGAGCCCGUGUCCAGCACGUUCGUGAACCUCGUAAACGCGGACUACACGGCGAAGCAGCGCGGCCUCCGCAUCACCGAGGAGCGCGUCUCCCACGACAGCCCCGCCGCGGAGGCGCCGCUGGAGUCCAUCCAGGUCCGCCUCUCGCAGGUGCAGUCCAAGUUCGCCGGCGCUAUCAGCGACAGCGGAGACAUCGUCCUGGAGGGCAGGGUCAAGUACGGCGUGCCGCACCUCACCCUCGUUGGGCCCUACGAGGUGGACGUCAGCCUGGAGGACAACCUGAUCCUCUGCCGGCAGAUCGACCAGCCAGGCAUGAUCGGCAAGGUCGGGAACAUCCUCGGCCAGAGGAACGUGAACAUCAGCUUCAUGAGCGUCGGCCGCACGUUCCGGGGCAAGCAGGCGAUUAUGGCCAUCGGCGUCGACGAGGAGCCCGACAAGGAGACCCUCGAGAACAUCGGCAAGAUCCCGGCGAUCGAGGAGUUCGUAUUCCUCGAGCUAUGAUGGAUAGCAAGUUAUCUGUAGGAUGAGUAGUGCUGAACUUGGGUUUGACUUCUGAUGGCCACAGGGAGGAACGCGAUCCGUGGUCUGUCUUUCUCGGGACCUCUACAUUUUUUACUUCAGAAGGAAGUAUGAAGGGUGCCUUAGGAUGGGCCCCUGUUUGAAUAAGAAAGAUGUAUGCCGUUAUGUGUACGUGUAUGCCGCGCGUAUCUGUAUGUGCGUAAUGCUGGGUUCUAAGAACAGCCUCACCGUGUCAGAAAUCCAGACCUUCUGUACUGUAUGAUGCAAUAUAUUGUGCUAUUGUGUUACGAACCCAAA